AUCUCACUUGCGUUCACACACGCGUAAGGCUCACGCUCUCCGCCCCGCACACCUGCGCUCCGCCCCUUGGUCCCGGGCCCUCGAGGAGAGUAGGCUUUUGGAAACCCAGGACUGUUUUGGAGGCACCCCCAUCCCCUCCAUUUCCCGGGCCGGAGUGGUCCGGAGCCUACCGCGGCUCCCAACCAGUCUACAUCCUCCGCCAUCCUUCCCUCCCCCCCACCCCUCCCGUCUGCCGCGGCACCGGGUAUCCGCAGCCACCAGCCCGGAGCCGGUGAGGCGGCAAAGGGGGGAGGGGGAGGAAGCAAGGGAUGAGCUCCGGGAGGGCGUCGGGGGCCCUGAGCCGGACGAGGACACCCCUGGAGCCCGGACCUGAGCCGGAGCCGGAGACAGAACUAAACCACCGGUACCGGGUGGGCCAGCUGCAGCCCACUAAACCCAGGAGGCGCCCUGGCCCGCGCUCGCCCCCCAGGGCCUCAUGUCGGAACCACAGCCUGACCUGGAGCCGCCCCAACAUGGGCUGUACAUGCUCUUCCUGCUCGUGCUGGUCUUCUUCCUCAUGGGCCUUGUAGGCUUCAUGAUCUGCCACGUGCUCAAGAAGAAAGGCUAUCGCUGCCGCACGUCUAGGGGCUCAGAGCCUGAGGAUGCCCAGCUCCAGGCCCCUGAAGACGACGACGUGAAUGAGGACACAGUAGAGAGGAUUGUCCGCUGCAUCAUCCAAAAUGAAGCCAAUGCUGAGGCCUUGAAGGAGAUGCUAGGGGACAGUGAAGGAGAAGGGACGGUGCAGCUCUCCAGCGUGGAUGCCACCUCCAGCCUGCAGGACGGAGCCCCUACCCAUCAUCACACAGUACAUCUUGGCUCUGCAGCUCCUUGCAUCCACUGCAGCCGCAGCAAGAGGCCCCCACUUGUCCGUCAGGGUCGCUCCAAGGAAGGAAAAGGUCGCCCCAGACCUGGAGAAACCACUGUAUUCUCAGUGGGCAGAUUCCGAGUGACACACAUUGAGAAGCGCUAUGGCCUCCAUGACCAUCGUGAUGGCUCUCCUACAGACAGAAGCUGGGGCUCUGGUGGGGGGCAGGAACCAGGGGGUAGUCAGAUGGCUGGGGGAGGGCAGCCUAGAACAGGGACAGCUACCAUGGAGAGGCUGCUCCCUGAGCCAUCACCCUCCCAGGCCGCAGCCACCCACCCAGUGCAGAAUGGAGGACUCAAGGAUGCCAACCUAGUCCCUUGUACUCUUGAGGGGACCCCUGGAACCUCUGCAGAACUGAACUUGGGCACUAGAGAGAGAGGCCCAAGCCCAGGGCUAUCUAAUCAAGAGGCAAAUGGACAGCCAACCAAACUGGACACCUCAGGUCAGCAGGAGCCUCUACCACCCGAAGCAGCGGGUAUGUGAGGCAAGUCUCCCUGAGCUCGUGAUCAGGUAAUCUCACCCUCCCACCCUCUGCCUAAACCACUUAAGCCCAUCAAUUUUAGAAACCCUUGGGGCGAACUAUAAGCUUAGCGUGCGCUAUAGAUUCCUUGGCUGGUGGUGGGGAGUGGGCAUAGAUGGCCUCUAGAAGUUGGAUACCAUACCUGGGGAAGAACAG